AUGAGAGUUAGAAAGCCAACUAGUAAGCGUACCAGUACGCGAAUGAGAGAAGGGAUCAAGAAGAAAUCUGCUGCCCACCGUCGUAAAGAAGCCAAAUUAGCCAAGAAGAACCCACAAUGGAAGUCCCGUAAGCCAAAGGACCCGGGUAUUCCAUCGACUUUCCCAUAUAAGGAAGAGAUCCUCCAAGAAAUCGAAGCCAAACGUCUAGCUCAAGUGGAAGAAAAAGAACGUAGAAAAGCCGAAAAGGCUGCUGAAAGACAGCAAGCUGAUAACAAUAAUGACAAUGACGACCAAAUGGAAAUUGACGAUGAUGAAGAACAACAACAAGGCAAUGGUCUUGUCGCCCUUGUGGAGUCCGCACAACAAGCUGCUAGAGAAUUCGAUGGGGAAGUGGCUGCCAAUGAUCAAGGGAUGGACGAAGAUGAUGAAGAAGGGGUUGAGUACGUUGAUUUGGAUUUGGAAGAAUUAGUUGGUGGUGAUGACAAUGAAUUGGAAGAUGACGAUGAGUUUGAAUUCUACAAGAACAAUGACGAUUCUGAAAAAUCAUUAAAAGCAUUCAACAGAUUCUUCAAAGCGGUGGUCGAUGUUUCUGAUGUGGUGUUGUACGUUUUGGACGCCAGAGAUCCAGAAGGUACCAGAUCAAAGAAAGUUGAAGAAGCGGUGUUGCAAAGCAAGGAUAAGAAAUUGAUUUUGUUGUUGAAUAAAGUCGAUCUCGUGCCAACCGAAGUGAUGGAAAAAUGGAUGGAUUAUUACAAGCGUCGUUUCCCAAUUAUUCCAUUCAAAGGUAGUUCGAGUGCCGCUACUGCGGUGGCUCAUAGUUUCAACAAGAAUUUGAGUCAAUCGGUCACCGCUACUGCGUUGCUUACUUCCCUUAAAGGUUACGCUAACAAGAGUGAUUUGAAAAGAUCUAUCGUUGUUGGGGUGGUGGGGUUCCCAAACGUUGGUAAAUCUUCGAUCAUCAACGCCCUUACCAGCAAGCACGGGGGUUCCAGUAAGGCCUGUCCUACCGGUAAUGCUCCAGGGGUUACCACUACCCUUAGAGAAGUUAAGGUCGACAACAAAUUGAAGAUUGUUGAUUCUCCGGGUAUUGUGUUCCCACCACCGGUUUCCGAAAAUAAGAAGAAGCAUGCUGGUAGUUUGAAGAAAUUGAAGAUGCAACAAGAAGCCAAAUUGGCAUUACUUAAUGCUUUGCCAAACAAAUUGUUGAAAGAUCCAACCAUGGCGAUCCAGUUAUUGAUCCGUCGUGUCAAGCGUAAUGAAGCCACCUAUGAGACUUUCAAAGCGUAUUAUGAAAUGCCACCAUUACCAGAACAUGAUAUCGAAGAAUUGACCAAGCAAGUACUUAUCCACAUUGCCCGUGUCAGAGGUAGAUUGGGUAAAGGAGGGGUUCCAAACUUCCACAGUGCUGCCAUGAGUAUUUUGAAUGAUUGGAAAGAUGGGCGUUUUGUUGGUUGGACCGAACCUCCUGAAAAACCUUUGGAAACUCAAAUGUCUGCCAAUACCAUCAAGGUUAAUGGUAAAGUUGACCAAGUGACCGUGGUGCAACAGUGGUCUAAGGAAUUUGACUUGGAUGGGUUAUUCGCCAGUGUUGGUAUGACUGAGUAA